AUGUCAAAAGCUUAUGAUAGGGUGGAGUGGAGUUUUGUUGUGGGAGUUUUGGAAUCUAUGGGAUUUUCUAAGAAGUUGGUGAAGCUGGAAAUAGAUGUAUUUCAACGGUGUCCUUCCAAGUCCUCCUCAAUGGACAAGAGACCCAUUAUCCCCUUACAUGUUUGUUCUUUGAACGUAUGUUAUGUCAGGUUUGCUAAAGAAGUCAUAACUCUUAACAUUCAUAGGAUACAAGUUGCCAGAAGUGCUCUUAGGAUCUCUCACUUAUUCUUUGCAGACGAUAGCAUCCUGUUUGCAAGGGGCAACUCCAAUGAGGCUGAGAAAAUUUUGGAAGUCCUUUCAAUCUAUCAGAAGGCAUCUGGACAAAUGGUGAAUCUUGACAAGUCGGAAGCCUCCUUCAGUCGAAAUGUUCGUGAUGAAUUCAAACAAAUGAUUCAUAAUAGGAUGGGAGUUAAGAUAAUGUUAUCUCAAUCGAGAUAUUUGGGUCUUCUGGUGGUUAAGGAGGUUUUUUCUCUUGUUGUUGAACACAUUUGGAAAAGGAUGAAAGGGUGGAAGGAAGGAUUUCUAUCGAGGGCGGGAAAGGAAGUGCUUAUCAAAUCGGUUUCCCAAGCUAUUCCUAGCUAUAUCACGAGCUGCUUCAAACUUCCAUAUGGAGUGAGCAAGGACAUUGAAAGGAUGUUGGUGAGUUUUUGGUGGGGAGCAAAGAAUGGGAGCGGAAAGUGA